CCAUAAAUACAUUUCUUUGAAGGUGGGUGGCACCUACGGUGCUGCUCAUGGGUUUGCCGUAGAGGAGUCCUCUGCUUUUGUUACUUCUCUUGUGCUAGAAGAGGUAUUUAGGGACUUCUCUCUCUUCCUCGGUGCUUGAGUGUGAUGGUGAGGGAACUCUCUGGGCAGAGCUGCUGACUCCAAGUGUCUCCCUCAAACCCUGGCACAGCAGUUGCAACAUCUACCAUCAUCAUUUGGAAAAAAAACAACCAGUGCAAUCAAGACACUGCGUAGAAGACCAUGGGGAAAUUCAGAAGUAUCCUUCUUUUGUGCUUUGGCUUUCUUCUAGUCCAUGUAAGAGGUCAACGUGAUUUUGAUUUAGCUGAUGCUCUUGAUCACCCAGAAGACAUAAUUACCAGGAAGCCUACAGUGAUCAGAAGACCGACAAGGCCUGUACUGAACAAUGAUCUUCAUUUAGGAGAUGCUCUUGGAGGGGGUGACAUCUCAAGAAAACCUUUAUACCCACCUCUUCCACCACGACCGGGAAGCUAUAGUAAUUCUGGAGGUUUUGAUGACUCAGAUCUCCUUGAUGGGAAGCCUUUACCACCACACAUAGCAGGAGAAGAGGAGCAUCAUUUCAAUCAUGGAGGAAACACAGAUUCAGGAUUAAUAGCUGGAGUUACAUCUCCUAUAAUUUCUGCUUUUGUAAUAUUAGUUGUUGGAUCGAUAGCGGCCUACUCCGCUUAUAAGAACAAGAGACUUUGUUUCAAACCGCAAGGUGGGGCUACAGUUUAAAUUGCUGACAGAAGAGUUGCCCUCUGAUCACAGGUGACAUUCAGCCCACAGAUCCAACAAUUUUUUUCUACUAUAUGAUUCUGAUACAAGAAAAUCUUCCUCUAAUGAACGUUCCGUCAAGAUAUAGCAAUCCUACUUUCUUUUACCUGACGUCGCUCUCACACCUUGAGCUUUACGUCAUCAAAGACAUGCUUAAAACGUCUGGGGAUCGUAUUGAACUACCCAACUUGCAUUCAUAAAGAUUGGAUAUAGAUUUUGAUUCAGAAGUUAUUUUAAACAACAAAAAAUCAAGUUUAAUAUAAGCUAACAAUGGAAAGAUUUGUGAGCAUUUGAGUCACCGAACAAUUUUUUUUCCUGUUUUCAAAAUUAGCCAAAAUACUUAAUUCUUCUGAUAGAAUAGGAAUAGGGAAAUUGUCGUUUCCAUUCAUACAUGUUGGGUUUCUUUAGUAUGUUUCUGUAUUGUCCAUAAUGUUUACAGAAAAUUUAAACCUGUAUAAAGGAUUACAAAUUUUAAUGCCUUUACUUUGUAUUUAUGUCUGAAUUCUAGCAAAGUGAAAGGAGCUAUAGAUGGAAAAUUCUUUCUUAAUUUUAACAUAUAGCAUGAAAAUAAUAUGUACAUUGAUGAACCACUGUCUAAAAAAAUAAAAAUGAGGGGAACACAUGCUGAUUUUAUUUAUUUAUUUAUUUAUUACUGAAAGGAUGUUUAGCUCUUCUCAGAAACUGGAAUUUGAUGUAAAUUUUGUUUCUCUUCUUGAAAACUCAGGUCCUGCUUUAGGAGCCUUUAAAGGCAUUAUUCUGGCAGGCUGGGUUUUUUUAAGAACCAUAUUAUUCAUAAUUUCCAUAAAGGGAAAAUAGGUACAAAUUUUCAGAAUCAUUUAGAACAAGGCUGUGACACUUUGUUCUAUAAAAUCUGUAUCACACCAACUUUUAAACUUCUUACAUAUGUGGAGGUAUGGUUGAUACUUACAGUUUUGCUAGCAAGGCUGUUUCAUCUUUUCUCCUUCUUCCUGAUCAGCCUUGCUGUGCUAACAAAUGUCCUUAUGUAGACAAAUCUAUCAACAAAAACUAACACUUUUGCCAUCUCUCUGCUUCCAUUUAGCUAACUGAAUCAAAAUACUAGCAAAUGAAUGAAAUGCAGAUGAAAGCUGGCCAAACUAGUAGCUUACUGACCUAAUUCUGCAAUACAGCCAUUUUAGCUAGCUCUUUAAAGCAUACAGGAAAUUGGUCUUCAUCUUAUAUGUGAAGCAUGCUUUUUCUUACUGAAAUUCCAUGUAGAUGGAGGGAAACAUGAUUUUGUGUUUAUUAAAUUGUUGAGAGAAAGACAUCACCUGAAAAAGUACUCUCGUCAUAAAAUAAAAUACUAUAUCCAAAUUAUAUUUGAAAUAGAUAUAUAUCAGUUGCUGAGGAGAUUACCAUCCUCUUUAUUUUGAUCCUAAAAGUGAGAAAUGAUAAUGUACAUCAGUUUAAAUAUGGAAACAUCUUGACAACACACAAACAAAUGAGCACCUUUGUGGCUAUCACUUUCAACUUAUGAAUAAUAGUAUAUUUUUAAUAUGGUUUUCCAGGACACUUAAUAUUUCUUUAAAAAUAUUGAUUUUCCAUGUUAAUAGUUAAACCAGAUUGAUAUAUAUUUUGCCAGGUAGACAUAAAGUUUUGAUUAAUGAAAUGUUAAAAUGUUUUGCAGUAACCACUUCAGUUGUUUGUUUAACAAUGAAAAUAUGUAUUUUGCCUCUUUCUCUUGAAAA